CUCGCCACACCAGGUCAGCUGACGCGCUCUGGAAAGUCACAAGACUAAAAACAUGGCUUUUAUCUGGGUGUUUUUGCUGCUACCAACCAUUACCGGAGUUAAACUAGCUUGUGCGGCACCUCGUAGUUUUGAAAUCGAUUACGAGAACGAUUGUUUCCUCAAGGAUGGAGAACCGUUCCGCUAUAUCUCUGGCAGCAUUCACUACAGCCGGAUCCCCCGAGUCUACUGGAAGGAUCGGCUCAUCAAGAUGUACAUGGCGGGGCUCAACGCUAUUCAGACGUAUGUUCCAUGGAACUAUCAUGAGCCUCUUCCUCAACAACACAACUUCACUGGAGACAGAGAUUUGGAGCAUUUCUUGAAGCUUGCCAAUGACUUAGGGUUACUGGUCGUCUUGAGGCCUGGGCCCUAUAUUUGCGCAGAAUGGGAGAUGGGUGGUUUACCUGCUUGGUUAUUAAAGAAGAAGGAUAUCGUUCUUCGAUCUUCAGAUCCUGAUUACAUUACAGCUGUGGACCAAUGGAUGGGAAAAUUACUUCCAAUGAUAAAGCCCUUUCUGUAUCAAAAUGGAGGGCCAAUUAUUACAGUUCAGGUGGAAAAUGAGUAUGGUAGCUACUUCGCAUGUGACUACAAUUAUCUGCGCCAUCUUACAAAGCUCUUCCGUUCCCACCUGGGUGAGGAGGUUGUUCUCUUCACAACAGAUGGGGCGGGACUAGGCUUCCUGAAAUGUGGAGCUUUGCAAGGGCUGUAUGCUACAGUGGAUUUUGGACCAGGUGGCAAUGUUACUGCAGCUUUCUCUGCUCAGAGGCAUGCAGAACCCAAAGGUCCACUGGUAAACUCUGAAUUCUACACAGGCUGGUUGGACCACUGGGGGCAACACCACUCAGUUGUUAAUAAAAACACUGUUGCAAAAUCACUGAAUGAAAUCCUAGCAGCUGGAGCAAAUGUCAAUCUGUACAUGUUUAUUGGUGGAACUAAUUUUGGAUACUGGAAUGGUGCUAAUACUCCAUACGCUCCACAGCCAACCAGCUAUGAUUAUGAUGCACCUCUAACUGAAGCGGGGGAUCUCACAGACAAAUAUUUUGCCAUCCGAGAUGUUAUUAGACUGUACAGGAAAAUACCUGAUGGACCAGUCCCUCCAACAACACCUAAAUUUUCAUAUGGAGCUGUAAAAAUGAAUAAACUCCAGACAGUAACUGAUGCGCUAGACUCGCUCUCUUUCUCUGGGCCUGUGAAAAGUGUAUACCCCAUAACCUUCAUUGAGAUGAACCAGCAUUUCGGAUUCAUUCUAUAUCAAACCAAGAUCCCUAAAGACUGCAGUGAGCCUACUCCUCUCUCUUCACUAUUAAAUGGUGUACAUGACCGUGCUUAUAUCACUGUGAAUGGGUUUCCAAAGGGAAUUCUGGAAAGAGACAAAUCUUUGACAAUCAAUAUCACUGGGAAGGCUGGAGAUCUGUUGGAUAUACUUGUGGAAAACAUGGGCAGAGUUAAUUAUGGCAAAUACAUCAAUGAUUUUAAGGGGCUUGUAUCCAACCUGACUCUGGGAAACGACACCCUGAGCAACUGGCUCAUCUACAGUUUGAGCAUCGAUGAAGCCGUCAGUCAAGGUGUCCUCUGGGAACGAAGCCAGGAAAGGGCUUUCCAGCCCCCAUCCGACCUCACCGCUCCAGCUUUCUAUGGUGGCAGCUUCAGCAUUCCCAGUGGAGUGCCGGACCUUCCUCAGGAUACCUACAUCCAGUUUCCUGGCUGGAGAAAGGGACAAGUCUGGAUCAAUGGAUUCAACCUGGGAAGGUACUGGCCAGCCAGAGGCCCUCAGGUGACCUUGUAUGUGCCUGCAUCCGUCCUGAGUACAGCCGCUCCCAACAACAUCACCGUGCUGGAACUGGAGAGCUCCCCGUGUGACUUCGGACCCUGCACUGUGGACUUUACUGAAGCUCCUGUCUUGAAUGCUACAGUUGAACAUCCAGCAUUGAAGAGAAAGCUGUUCAUAAAAGAAGACUUGGCAUAGCUGUUAAGGUAUAUACUGUAUGUACUGUACUGUACACACUUAGGUACAUACUGUACAGUACAUGCAUUUGCUUCUUUUUUAUUUGGCCUUUAGAACUGAUUUGAUGCACUACCUCAAAAAUCAUGAUGUUCCUGUUUUUUAUUUCCCUCACAUGUUUGUGUAGGCAGAUGGAUCCCAUGUGUUUGAAGUGGAUGGCUCACUUUAUGAGGGACAUACAUUUCUUUAUUUUAUUUAAAAGGUUUAAAGAUAUUCAAAUGUAGACUUUGGGUAUUGUAGGUGUUACUUAAGGAGUAAAUGGUGCAUUUUCUCUCUUUACAGGUUUAUUCACAUGGUUACUGAUGAUUAGAAAAUGAUUAGAAAAUCAUUAGAAAAUUAUUAGAAAUAGGAAUUUUCUGAAUUUUAUGAUUUUGUUUUUCUUUAACUUUAAUGAUGCCUCGUAAAUUAAAUAUUAUUAGUUUGGUUUUGUUUGAAUUGUUGAUUUAUCAUGGGACCCUUGUUGAAUAUUUGAGCAAUAAUUAUUAUAUAAACAACUGGAGUGAGUUUUUCUACUCCACUGUUAUUUUGAGAAUGCUUGUAAAACAAAAGUGGGUGAUAUUCCUUCAUCUUUGAAAAGAAACCUUUUCUGUUUAAUGAGAUCUUCCAGCUUCGGUUUCAAUUAUAUAAUGAUGAUUUUGUUUAUUCAGAAUAGUACAUCAGAAUCUACAGUAAGGAAGGAGACAUAUCACUCAUAAUUCAGGGUAUGAUCAUUUGGAUCUCUAUAAAGAAGAACAAUACAAUCUUAAGUCCUAGUCCUGUUUCUCAUAUUCAUGUGAAGACUAUGUGAUUGGAAAUUUGUUAUUACGACUUCCCUGAGAAGUAUAUUCAUAUAAUAACAGUUCCAACUGUUCCAACUUUUUUUCAAUAGUCAGUUUUAGUAUAUAUUAUUAUUUUUGAAUUUAAAUUAAAAUGAUUUUCUGUUAUACCUGCUCAGGAAAUAUAAAUUGAUAAUGGAUUGUUGGACGUAAUGAAUUUCUUUUUAGAUAAUAAAACAAUUAUUCACUGUU